AUGACUCAAUCUGCAUCUCCCUCAGGCCACGCCGUCGCACCCAAGAAUUUCCACAUUUUUGGUAGUGGAAUAUCCUUCAGCAUUUCGCCGACCAUCCACAAUGCCGGAUUCAUGCAUUAUGACCUUCCAUACAAAUACGACGUCCGAGAAUCCUCCAACAUCGAUGGAGUGGCUAGAUUCAUCUCGGACAAGCAAUUCAGCGGCGCCAGCGUCACGAUGCCCCAUAAGUUGCAAGUUCACAAGUUUUGCACCGAGCAGACGGACACCGCCCGCUUGAUUGGAGCAAUCAAUACUCUCGUUGUCAAGGGAGAUGGAAAUGGACGGCGGAUCAUUGGUGAUAAUACGGAUUGGUCGGGACUGCAUAGGAUCAUAGCGGAUUAUGCGACAAGGACGGGUCAACGGUCGAACAUUGGCCUUGUGAUUGGCGCCGGAGGUGCUUCGCGAGCAGCGCUCUAUGCCAUGCACAAAGCAGGGAUUCGGUCUAUUUAUCUCGUUAAUCGGACCCUGGCCACUGCAGAGAAAGUGAGACAUGAUUUCAAGGCCGUCUUCGACAUCAUCGUCGUUCCGAGCCUCGAGGAGCUUCCUCAACACCCGGACGUUAUCGUGGGUACCGUUCCUGCCGAGACUACGACUGAAGAUCAAUUCUCGGCCCUCUUCGGAGAAAGAGGUCUCUGCAUCGACAUGUCGUAUAAACCGAGGCAGACACCGUUGCUGAGUGUGGCUCAGAGAAACGAGGGAUGGUAUACCGUGACUGGUGUGGAAGUGUUGCUGGCUCAAGCAUACGAUCAGUUCUAUCUUUGGACGGGCUGUGAGCCACCGAAAGAGAAAAUGGUGGAGGCUGUUGCUCAGCAUGAGCGCGAGCGAGCGAGAGGAGGAACAAAGGGAGGGUUGCUCUGA